AAAGUGAGCGGAGCUGCGGGGGUUUCCUUGUCUUUGACUGGAGACCGUCGAGCAGGAGAGGCGGACGAUGACAGCAUCCAUUGCUGUUAUUCAGCCUUCACACAUCUCAAUGAACUGCCCGCACAGAGGCCACUGAUCGCGCCCGCUGCGUGUCCUGCAGGGGCAGAGAUACCGAUCAGUGUGUUUCACCCCAGAAGGAGACACUGCGCCCAUCUUUUUUACUUAUGAGUUGUUUUUCUUAGACUCCUCUUUUCUUUUCUUUUUUGAAACUUCCGCAGUCGGCUGCCUCUCUCUGCCUCCACCAUGGUGCUAGGGAAGGUGAAGAGCUUCACAGUGAGCUACGACUGUCUCAAUGACAGCAACGUCCCCGUGUUCUCCAGCGGGGACUGCGUCUCAGGGAGGGUGGUCAUCGAAGUCACCGGAGAGAUCCGCGUGAAAUCCCUCAAGAUCCACGCGAAGGGAUUUGCGAAAGUUCGCUGGACGGAGUCGAGGAACGCAGGCUCCAACACUGCCUACACGCAAAACUACACAGAAGAAGUGGAGUACCUGAAUCACAAGGACAUCUUGAUCGGGCACGAGAGAGACGAUGACAACUCGGAGGAAGGGCUCACCACUAUCUCUUCAGGAAGACAUGAGUAUGCAUUCAGCCUCGAGCUUCCACAGACACCUCUGGCUACCUCUUUCGAAGGGAAGCACGGCAGCGUGCGCUACUGGGUAAAGGCAGAACUUCACAGACCGUGGCUCCUGCCAAUGAAGACCAAGAAGGAAUUCACGGUCUUUGAGCACAUUGACAUCAACACUCCACUAUUGCUGUCACCACAGGCCGGCACAAAAGACAAGACGCUUUGCUGCUGGUUCUGCACCUCAGGUCCUAUUUCCCUAAGUGCCAAAAUUGAAAGGAAGGGGUACACCCCAGGAGAGUCGAUCCAGAUCUUUGCCGAGAUCGAGAACUGCUCGUCCCGCAUGGUGGUGCCAAAGGCAGCCAUCUACCAGACCCAGACCUUCUAUGCCAAAGGGAAGAUGAAGGAAGUCAAGCAGCUGGUGGCCAACCUGCGGGGAGAGUCUUUGUCCUCUGGCAAAACAGAGACCUGGAGCGGCAAGAUGCUGAAGAUCCCGCCUGUGUCGCCCUCCAUCCUGGACUGCAGCAUCAUCCGAGUGGAGUACUCGCUCAUGGUAUAUGUGGACAUACCCGGGGCAAUCAACCUGUCCCUGAACCUGCCCCUGGUCAUCGGAACCAUCCCUCUCCACUCCUUCGGUUCCCGCACUUCCAGUGUGAGCAGCCAGUGCAGCAUGAGCUGGCUGGGCAUGGGCCUGCCCGAGAGACCAGAAGCUCCUCCUAGCUAUGCAGAAAUAGCGACAGAAGAGCAGAGGCAGAGCAGUCUAGACGUCCCAGCAGCCCGUGAGGACCUGGAUGGACCUCUCUUCGCCUAUAUCCACGAGUUCCGCUUCCAACCUCCUCCUCUUUACUCUGAGAUUGAUCCAAACCCAGAUCACGUCAGCCGCACAGAGGAGCGCAGGCUCGAUGCUUGUCCAUCACGCUGAAGGGUGUUCCUGAAAUUCUCCUGACAGAUUUUCAGGAUCUCAUCAGAAACCUGUUUUCUAGGCUUGGCUUUGUUUAUUCCUCUCCAACGACGAUGUUAACCCUACGCUGUUGACAUCAGGAGAAAAACAAAGUAUCCAACCAACCGACUGACGAAAUCUUGGACAAAUACCCACAGUUAAGUUGGGUUGGAUACAUCUGUUUCUGCCUACCCUCAGUGAAAGGAACAGGAGUUACAAGUUUGGGGUGUCGCUUCCUUCCUGUCUCAUGCUACUGAGGGUGGGAUGUGUACAGAUGAGAAAAAUAAUGACCCCACUAGCAGCGAGAGUCCUGGCGACAGCGUUGACGAUGGCAAGGAAGAAUCCCGACCCAAGGCUCAGCCCGCUAAGCUUCUCUUUCACCCCUUGAUUCUUCUGCACUCAUGGCACAUAUGGACAUGGCUCCUCAACACAAAGGGCAGGACUGAUCAUGUCCAGACUUCAGCUGAAUCACAGAAAAUGGGAUGAAGAGAGACAAACAACAAUAACAACAAUAACAACAAAAACAACAACGUUUUAACCACCACCAGUCUUUAUAAAUGAACGUUUUCAGCGGCAGAAGUCACCACCAGAGCAAAGACUAAGGUCCCCUUGCCUCAUUUUGGGAUUUUGUUUUGCACAUUUUAUUCUUUACUUGAGUUGUGUGGCUUCGUUUAAUGAUGAGAAUUGAAAAAAAAAAAAUCACUAAUAGUUUGGUUUCAGCCUUGUUAUGCGCCAGACUAAAAACGUUUUAAGACUUUCUUCUGCUUAACUUUGAGCAACGCUGAGAACAGGAUUUUAUUUUUGGGAAGAAGAAACUUAAUGAAAAAGACUGAAAAGGUCAAGAACAAUGCACUGAAUCUGUUUUAAGCUGUUUAAGAAUUUUUCUUUCUCUCCUUACGACAUUUCCUCAGUGACUUAAAACAACUAGACUGGACUUUUACAACAGCUGCAGCAUAAUGAUUUUCAUCUGGAAGCUCUUUAUAAGACGUUGCCUCUUCAGCUUGGAUCUCGGUGUGGCUUCCCUUGUUUUGUUUUUUUUAGUUUAGCUCUGUUAAUCUCUUCUUGUAUUUAGCGCAAAUCAUAGAAUAGUUUUAAUUUGUUUGCCUCUUUUGUGUUCUGGUUGCUCUGGUUUUGGACUAGGAGGGUUACAGACCUGCGUUUGCCACUAAAAUGUUAGCCCCGGAGAAAAGUUGUUUGUAUGCGUUCAUAACAGAAGGUCGAGGGACCUGCCCCGCCCUGAUCGCCUGCAGCCCCUCUACUCCUAAUCUCAGGGUAAACCAGGCUUGCAUAAACUGCCCAAAAAGCACUGUCUCAGGUGGUCUUCUCACUUGCCAAUCGGUUGUUGAAAAAUAGAGAGAGAAAGAAACCCGUUUAAAAUUGCACUGUUAGAAAAUAAGGACGUUAUUAUUUAUUUUUUUUAAACUACCAAAACGAGACAAUAGACCUGUAGAGAAGCAAGGCAGCUUUCUGAGAUGAAUCACAUUCCCUUCUUGUCCUGCUGCACUUACCCAGUUCAUCCAACCACCAGUUCGAUUUUACCAGACCAGUGAAGCCAGAAUGCUAUGUUUAAAAGAAAAAAGGAAAAAGAAAGGAAGACGUAAAAUAAGUAGAGGAAAUGACAAUGCUUCUGCAUUUUAGAAACAAACCCAGUGCGUGUGAAAAGCUGGGGACGCUGUUAAACCUCUGUUCAGUCUGGUCAGAACAAGUAGUAGUAGGUUGACAUGAGUAAUACAUUGGUUUUCUAACUCUUUCAACACAAGAAAGUCCAGCCGCAACAGAGGUUUGACAAAGUCAGGAAAUAAAAAAAUGAAAAGCAGCACUUUUUUUGAUAAGAAAAAAAACUGCAUUCAAUGGUGAAGGUCUGGAGAGGAAAACACAUGUGGGACGUAAAUGCAUUACUUCAUUUUUCUUUAAAGAUCAAUAACCUUUUUUCUUUUUUUUAAGUUUACAUUAAAACAUAGCUGACACAAGUUU